AUGCCAACCGCAAACAAGGGAGUGCUGGUCAAAUGCGAUCCGGCAACAAAGCAGUAUUUGCUGCAUCUCAACGAGACGGCAGUCCAGCAACGGUUUGUGAUUGAAGAUCUGGACGAUACACACCUAUUUAUUGUGCCGGACCCGAAGGUCAUCGCCUUCAUCGAGAAGAAGAUGGACGAGUGGAAUGAGAAGAACACGUACCAGCCACCCACACAGUAG